AUGUUUGGAAGUAUUAUACCUGGUUACGAUCAUCUAACACAAAAAUCAGUAUUAGCAGUUUUAUAUACAUAUGAAAAUUAUUUCGUUGAUUUUGAUUGGUUUGUCAAAGCAGAUGAUGAUACAUACUUGAUUGUUGAAAAUUUGAAAAAAUUUUUAAAUGAACAAAAUACAUCGGAACCUAUUACAUUUGGAUACAAUUAUAAGACUGUCGUUGAAAAAGGAUACCAGUCAGGUGGAGCAUCUUAUGUAUUAAGUCGAGAAUCCUUACGAAGAUUUUAUGAAGCACAAAAGGAUAGAAUGCCAGAUUGCCAACAAGAUGGUGGUAGUGAAGACAUUGAAAUAGCUAAAUGUCUUCGUACAAAGGGUGUUUAUCCAGGUAAAUCACUCGAUAAACAAAAUCGUGAAUUAUUCCAUCCAUUUACAUUUGUUGACCAUUUUCGGGGUUCUUUUCCUGAUUGGCUUCAGCAAUAUGCUGAAAACCCAUUACGAACUCAUUAUGAUUGUUGUGGUGAUGAAAGUAUAUCAUUUCAUUAUGUUAAACCUGAAGAACAAUAUUUUAUGGAUUUUCUACUAUAUAGAACUCAUCCAAAAUCAAAUAUAAUUUAA